AUGGUUUGUAUUUUGUUGGAACAAGUUGACGUUAUUCUUGGAAUAAAUUGGUUGGAGUUAAACCAAGUGUUUACCAAUUGUUUUGAUAAGUUGGUGCAGUAUGCUGCUGAUGGCAAGUGCUCAGAUGAUGGUAAAGUUGUGUUGUUCCUAACACUGAAGAUGUUGCCGGUUCAAGAUUCCUAUAUCUAUGACUUGCCUCUAGAGCGUGAAUUUGAAUUUGAUGGAGGUGAAGAGUUGACGUUUGUAUCAGCUAAGCAAGUGAGAGAAUCCGUGAAGGAUAUGACACAAGUGUUUGUGAUGUUAACUUCGUUGGGAGCUAGAGGACAGGGAGUAGUUUGUGAUUUUCCUAGAGUGUGUGAAUUUCCUGGAGUGUUUUCUGGAGACAUCAGUGAUUUGCCUCCAGAGCGCGAAAUGGGUUUUUCUAUAGACUUAGUACCUGGUACUAGAUUGGUGCCGAUGAUUCCUUAUAGGAUGUCUGCUUCAGAGAUGGGAAAAUUGAAGAAGCAACUUGAAUAUUUGCUUGAGAAGAAGCUUGAAAUAGAACCAUUUGUUUGGAAAGUUUUUCCAAAUGCGAGUUUUGUUUAA